AUGCCCUGUGCAGCAGUAGAUGCCCUCUGUGGUACUUUGUUUUGCCGCCCAGGUCUGAAAACUGUCCCAGUCCUUAGUUAUGUUAAAUACAGAACCUAUAUAGUACGAGGUGUUGACAAAUGCAGAGGUUUCUUUGCAUCUCCACCAAAAAGCCAUGACAACCCAUCACUCGUGAAUGACGGAACACUCUGUGAUGCCAGCGGUGCUAACAAGGACCUCGUGUGCCACAAGCAACGCUGCGUGGACAAGUCUCGAGUCACCAGGCAGUGUUCGGUCGAUUCUGAUGGCAGCAAAGAGUGCCAUGGAAUCGGUGUGUGCACAACUGCAACAACCUGCCAUUACCCACCCACACUUGUUGUAAAUUGCACAGUGCCAGCACUCAUGAAUGGCAAUGCAGACAAGACAAUGGUGUCCUAUCCUCAGAGUAUAAACUACAUCUGUAAUACUGGUUAUAGAAUGAAUGGAUCUGCAACAGCAAUGUGCAGUGCUGGUGGAACUCUACAAAUGCCUACUUGCAAUAUUGUCAAUUGUACUGCGCCAACGGUCGCCCAUGGCCGUGGUGGCAAGAGAGUUCUGUCAUACCUUCAACAAGUGAACUACACAUGUGACACUGGUUAUAGUGUAAAUGGAUCAGUAACAGCCACUUGCAGUGCUACUGGAACUUUGACAGAGCCGAAGCCUAUCUGCAACAUUGUGAAUUGCACAGUGCCAACACUCAGGAAUGGUAAUGCAGACAAGACAAUGGUGUCCUAUCUUCAGAGUGUGAAUUACACGUGUAAUACUGGUUAUAGAAUGAAUGGAUCUGCAACAGCAACGUGCAGUGCUGAUGGAACUCUACAAAUGCCUACUUGCAACAAACUAGCUAUAUUCUUGGUGACACAAACCUAA